AUGUCCGACAUGGCGCAGCUGCGGCAGAUCAUCCGGUCGACGCGGCCUCGACUCAAGCUGGCGGCUCAGCUGGUGGCAGAGCCUGCAGAGUUCAUUCCGCCGCUGGAGGACGCGGCGAAGCAGAUAGCGGUGCGGCUGGCGAAUGCGGAGAAUGUGUUUAUUCCGGACAUAAAGACGGGUCGUUCGGGGCGCACCAUCCUGACGCCGCGCGGGCUGCGAGCCAAGUUCCUGGGACAGCUGGUGUGCAUUGAGGGGAUAGUGACGCGGUGCUCGCUGGUGCGGCCGAAGGUGGUGCGGUCGGACCAGACAACCAGCGUGGGCGGAGGCGGUGGCGGUGGGUUCUCGAGCGCGUAUCCGACGGCAGACGAUAAGGGCCAGCCGCUGACGACAGAGUUUGGGUACAGCCAGUACAUGGACCACCAGACAGUGAAUCUGCCGCGUGGAGUGGACAUUAUCUUGGACGACGACCUGGUGGACGUGGUGAAGCCGGGCGACCGGGUGUCGCUGGUGGGAGUGUACCGGGCGCUGGGCGGCAAGUCGACGACGGCGGCGUCGGCGAUCUUCCGGACGGUGGUGCUGGUGAACUCUGUGCAGGCGACGGGGCAGGCGGGGGCGAUGGCGCUGGCAGAGGGCGACAUCAGCAACAUCCACGCGAUAGCUGGGCGAGCGGAUGCGUUUGAGCUGCUGGCACAGUCGCUGGCGCCGAGCAUCUGCGGGCACGCGGAGAUCAAGCGGGCGCUGCUGCUGCAGAUGCUGGGCGGAGUGGAGAAGAACCUGGAGAACGGCACGCACAUCCGCGGAGACAUCAACGUGCUGAUGGUGGGCGACCCGUCGACGGCCAAGUCGCAGGUGCUGCGGUAUGUGCUGCGGCUGGCGCCUCUGGCGAUUGCGACGACGGGUCGCGGCUCGUCGGGCGUGGGUCUGACAGCGGCGGUGGUGACGGACCGCGACACGGGCGAGCGGCGGCUCGAGGCGGGAGCGAUGGUGCUGGCAGACCGUGGAGUGGUGUGCGUGGACGAGUUCGACAAGAUGACGGAUGUGGACCGCGUGGCCAUCCACGAGGCGAUGGAGCAGCAGACGGUGACGGUGGCCAAGGCUGGCAUCCACACGACGCUGAAUGCGCGGUGUGCGGUGCUGGCAGCGGCCAACCCGGUGUAUGGGCGAACAUUGCCGCUGCCCGACUCGCUGCUGUCGCGUUUCGAUCUGCUGUUUGUGGUAACCGACUCGAUGGACGAGGCGCGCGACCGCAUGAUUUCGUCGCACGUGCUGCGCAUGCAUCGGUAUGUGGUGCCGGGAGCCGAGCCGGGGCAGCCGAUCGCCGACCAGCUGGACCAGGGCCUGAGCACGGCGGCAUUGCUGGCAGGCAUGGGCGACUCGGAGGAGGACAUGGAGGCAGCGGGCCGGCCGUGCCGCGUAUUCGAGCCGUUCAACGAAUAUCUGCAUGCAGGCGUAGCGGCGGCGGUGCGGCGGGCCCGGCGACGGACGCGCAGCCGCCGGGCGUGCUGUCGACCGGAGUUCCUCCGGCGGUACAUUUACUUUGCCAAGACAAUGGCGCGGCCAGUGCUGGGUAGCGCAGCAGCAGACGAUCUGGCGAAUGCGUACGCGGAGCUGCGCGCGCAGGCGAGCGGGCAGGGCAUGGGCGGGCGCAAUGCGACGGGAGCGGUGGCCACAACAACACCGAUCACUGCGCGUACGCUGGAGACGCUGAUCCGGACUGGCCACGGCCCACGCCAAGGUGCGGCUGAUGCCGAGGUCGCCAAGGAGCUGCUGCGGUUUGCGCUGUUCAAGGAGCCGGUGGCGCGUGCCAAAAAGUCCAAGGCGCGGGGGCCCAAGCGCGCAAAGGCUGAUGGCGACGAGGAUAUGUCCAGCGAGGAGAGCGAGCCAGGAGGUGCCAUGGAGGUCGAUGAUCCGUCGGAGCUGGCGGCCGGGCGGCUUGAUGUGUUCAAGGCGCAGCUGAGCAAGGCCAUUGGCGAGCGGCGGCUCGAGUCGGACGGCUCGCCGUGGGCGUUCCCCGAUCCGUUCCUGUCGGCGCUCAACGAGGGGCUGGACGAUGGCCAAGCGUUCUCGCCGGCCGAGGCCGAGCUGGCGCUGCUGGCGCUGGAGAAGGGACAACCGCCUGAUGUUCCGCGACAACAUCAUCAUGAUGAUACAGCGACUGCGCAGCAGUUUGGCGGCGACCUGGACACGAUGCGGCUCGACGAGCUGGCUGACAGCAUUGAUAUUAGCGAGAUAGAGCAGGCGUACCGGCAGCUGGAGCUGGAGGAGCACGCGUAG